GCUACGGCGGCUUCACCAAGGGGCUGCUGCGGCCCACCGGGAGCCAUAGAGGCGGCGGAGCCCCGAGCCUUUACGUCUCGGAGGACCCGCCGGGCUUCGCCACCUGGCCUGAGGAGUGGUUCCUCGAGCACGCCGACGGGUACUGCAGCGGCGAGGCGCCGGGCGGCGUCGCCAGCUAUGGCAACGGGGGCGUGAUGAGCCUCGCGCCGCAGGCGCUGGCCCCGCACGUGCCGCAGGCGCCCGCGGCGCUUCGGGACGGGGCGGCGCUGUGGCGCCUCGCCGACACGCACAGGAGCGAUGAAGCGCGGGCGGGCGCGAAGUUGCUGGACGGCGUGGUCGCGCUGGUCAUUGGGGGCCGCGUGGCGUCGUGCGCCGACCUCGCCGCGGCGGUGCGCCACUCGGAGCCGUGGAAGCAGCUCAUGGCAUCGCCCCUGGCGAAGCACCCUGUGUACCCGCUCGCGGCGUUCGAUGCCUUCCUCGAGACGGGCGACUGUUCGGAGGGCGACGCGGUCGCCUUCGUGAUGAGCCUCACCGGGGCGGACGCGCCGGCGAUGGCGCCGCUUCCUAGCGGCGGCUACGCGGGCCCAGGAGGCGGGCCCCAGCUCGGCCGGCUGCUCCGCACGGCCGCCAACUGGGACGACGACCACUCUGGGCUGCAGAGCGAGAGGCACAUUGCCCUCGAGACCGGUCAGGAGAUCCGUUUCAGCCAGCGUGCCCUGAACUCGGUCCUGAUCGCGCUGUGGCAUUUCUGCCCGAAGCGGCA